AUGAUUGUUGAAGGCCCAAUAGAUGAGAACUGGGUGCGGGCGCUAAACGAGAUCGAUUCUCGAAGCACCAAUAUCGAAGCCAAGGCCGUCGCUUCCGCCAAUGGCUACAAAGCAAUCGAGGAUGUACGGCCACUUCUAGUCGAUGUAAAGGACAAAGUGAGCAAUCGAAAGAAUCAGAGACUACCAUUCGAAGAUCUUGACUUCGACGCCGAAGACGACACCGCCUUGCAACAGGCUGCUUCGCAAAUACUGUGGUAG